CGUCCUUCCGCUCACCUCACACACACACGUGUGCCCGCCAUGUCGCUCCCGCCCCUGCUGCCGCGCCUCUCGCACGCGCUGCAGCGCAUCGCCACGGGCCCCGCCCGCACCAUUGCCUCGCCCUCGACGCAGCCGCGGCGCGCCUCGGUGGCGCUCCUCGUGCGCAUCCGCCCGCAUCCCGACGACGAGGCGCGCCUGGCCGCCGAGUACGACGGCGCCGGCAUGCCGCUUGCGGCGCAGGCAGAGACGCAAGGCAGCGAGACGGGCAAUGCGACGGUGACGCAGGCGCCCGAGGCAAGGCCGCCGUCGCCGACUGCCAGCGCCGCCGGCCUGACCGAGAGCUUCACGAGCAGCUUGGCGCCCGACUCGACGGCGCAGCUGGGCGCCAGCAGCAGCUCGGCAGAGCUCCUCUCUUCCUCCGCCUCGCCCUCCUCCUCCUCCGCUUCCGCGUCUUCUCCCGCCUCUGCCUCCGCCUCCGCCUCUCUCUCCAACGCCACGCCGCCCAGCACCUCCAUCACGCACGCGCUCGCCUCCUUCUUCUCCCUGCCCUGGGUGGCGCGCGGCACGCCCGAGGUGCUCUACAUCAAGCGCAGUGCGCGCAUCGGCGACAAGUGGUCUGCCCACGUCGCUCUCCCGGGCGGGCGGCGCGAGGAGAGCGACGAGAACGGCCUCUACACGGCCAUGCGCGAGACGUGGGAGGAGGUUGGCCUCGACCUGGCCGAGCGCGAGUUCCUCAGUGUGGGCCAGCUCGACGAUCGCGAAAUCACGACGAGCUUGGGAAAGAGACUGUUGAUGGUGCUCAGUCCAUAUGUCUUUCUGCAAACGUCGCCCUUCUCGCCGCUGCCCGAGCUGCAGGCGUCGGAAGUGGCGUCUGCGCACUGGAUUCCGCUCUCGCUGCUCUACACGCCCACGCCCAAGUGGGGGCUCACCUCCGUCGACAUUGCCUCGCGCCUGGCGCCCAAGUCGCCCUUUGUGCGCGCGGCGCUGCGCGCCCUCGUCGGCAAGAUGGACUUUAAAUGUGUCCUCCUGCCAAACGCGCCCGUGGCGACGGCGGGCGAGGAAGAGGAGUUUGGUAAUGGAGAGAAGAGAAAGGAGAAGAGUGUGGCGCUCGAGGAGGGAGAGAGACCGGAGCUGAGAUUGUGGGGCUUGACGCUCGGCAUUACUCUGGACCUGCUCGCCAACAUGUCGACGCUGCCGCCCUCCGGUCUGCGCACGCACCACUCCUUCACGCCCGAGGGUCUUCCCUCUGCUUCUUACCUCGACUCCAGCUCGUCUGCGUUGCCGCUCUCCUCCUCCUCCUCCUCUGUCUCGCUUGCCGGCAGGGUGCGUUCGGCGCUCUCGGCACUGCGUGCCGAGCUGCACCUGAGCCCGCCGGCGCACGCCGACGCGCUGGCGCCGAGCAUGACGAGUGUCUUUCCGCGCUUCUCCUACCUCGACAUCAACAUGUGGAUCUGGGUCUUUGGCUGGCGCUACCGCGCCAUCAUCCGCGGCUGGGAGCGCGCGCUGGCGAGCGGCGGGCGCGGCGAGCGCGAGCGCAAUUGGUCGGGCUUGGCACUGGGGGCUUUCUACUCGGCCGUGCGCAGAGCCCUCGUCGUCGCCAUCCUCAUGCGCGCCCUGGGCUUCGCCAGCGCCGCGGGCAUGCUCACGUGGCUGGGCGUGCGCAAGGUGCGGCGCACCCGCCGCGGCCUGGCUGGCUUGGGGCUGGAGGAGCUCUUCGGGCCUUGAGGGGGGGGGGAAUCGGCUUUUGCGACUGGUCGAGAGAUGGCAAGGCAA